GUGGUUUAAGAGAGAAUUAAUGAGCCUUGAUGUGCAAGACGUUCUCGACGAAAUCUAUGACGAGAGGGAUGACGACUACCGGAUGAAGGGAAAACGGAGAAAACGAGAGAUAAACACCAGUGGAUUUCAGGUUCGCGGUGGACAGAAUUGUAUGGAUCCCAGACACCCAGAAAACGUAAAUCCAGCCAAAUAUCUCGAGUCAGCGCAUUGUUUACGUUUCAGCGAUUUAUGGUAUUCAGUUUAUAAAUUAGAGGCGCCUGUUAUCGAACACGCGGUGUAUAUUCAGAUAUUCAAGAGAGAUAAUAUGGAGUGGAGGGAUUUGACCCGGGGCGAGAUGAUCAGAUUAGGAACUUUUACGAGACAUCAGAGGGAUAAAAUACCGACUAUAACUUUCACGUAUUCAUCAAAAACAUCAGCUGCAGAAUUCAGUUUAAAUUCAAAUACCCAGAGGCUGUUGAUUCCCCUCGAAAAUACUGACAAAAAAUCAGAUGAAAAAAUCUCAGAGGGAAUGAGGGAGUAUCUGAUAAUUCCAUCGAGCCAAAUAACCAGCGAGGGACGAGAGUGUGACAAGGCUGGAGUUGGUUUUUCAGCUUUUGUCAUGCAGAAAGAUCGAUGCACACGUAAACGCGGUAGUUGCCUCAGGAAUCAGCCCCUUGAAUACUGGCGUCACGAUGUGAAUGCCCAUCGGUCUGGCAAGCCCGGCUGCUACUUCCUGAGCAAUUUCGCUACGGUACCAGUCAAUCCCAUCAAGUACAACGUGACUGAUGCCACUGAAGAACGAGAGUACCUCGGUCUUGUACAAAAUAGCCAUCACGUGUCUACCCUCGAGAUUGAGGUCAGGGCUGAUGACAAUAACGUCAUCACCACCGGAUCAGCUCGAGUCACAGAGGUGCACGUUGUCGCAGCAGGUGAAAAAAUAAAUCUGUCAAUCAGGCUAACGAACAUGGGAUUAGUGUCUUCGGAUUAUCAGGCACGUAUCGUUGGUUGUCCAGAGGGAUUACCAAACUCUUGGGCACGUGCAAUCACGGGAAAACAUCAAGUACCACCCCAGCACGAUUCACUACUGACUCUACAUCUCCCAGGUCGAAUUAUCAUUGAUAAAUUUCAAUGUAAUGUUGAAGUGAUAAACUAUCGUGGUGAGUUGGUGGCUGCUAGGAGGAUCAUAGUGCACAAGAUGAAUCGUUGUUUCUGCCUCUGGCACUGCAUUUGCACGUGCUAUGAAAGCUCUGGAUUUUCAUGCUCACCAAUGACACCUGAGCAUUACCAUCAAGCUGGAUUUCGUGGUCCAGUGCCAACAAUCAAUUCCCAAACUUUUCAAUUAUCCAAAAUGGCCAUCGACAUUCUUAUAAUCAUCAUCAUAAUCUUCCUCAUCUUCACGACAAUCGGUAUCAUUAAGUGGAUUAUUGGAAUUCUAUCGCCACCGAUUGGCCGAUGGGGUCUCGAUCAUCUACUCGCUGGAUUAAGAACCGAGGAAUACUUCGAGCCUGAGCUUAAAUGCAGGUGUGUCGUUACUGAUGAUGAGGGUAUUCCCAUUCAUCCUGACACUGGCAGGCGAACAGUUCGAAUUUGCAGUAGAACCCUCGAAUUCAUCGUCAAUUCUCUAUUCUUAUUCAUUUAUCCGUGCUGUGUCCUCAGCGAGUCCAUCAGUAAAAUGAUAAAAUGCAAAAGAUCGAGAAUAUCUGAUGACAGUAAGGAUUGUUUGAUCGAUAAGGACGAAUGGCGGACGAUAUCCGUAAGAUCCUACGGAGACACUAGAAAUUCAAAGUUGGAGCGGGACGACACCGAGUACGUAAUUACGGAGCUGAAAAAGUCUCAAGUGUCCCUUCAAGAUUUUUCCAACAAGUCGAAGAAUAAAUCCUGAAUUAUUGCGGAAUGUUUUC